AUGGCAGCCAAGACCAUCAUCGUCACAGGAGCCUCAAGAGGCAUCGGUCUGGCCAUAGCCAAGUACCUGCUCUCCGCCCCGCAAUCCCACAAUGUGGUGGUCGUCGCCCGCAGCGUGGAACCUCUACAGAAGCUAAAGGAGCAGUACCGCAAGCAGGUCGAGGUCCUGAACGGCGACCUGGCAGAUUUCUCUCUGGCCCAAAAGGCUGUCGACUUGGCCCUCCAGUCCUUCGGCCAGCUGGAUGGCAUGGUUCUCAACCACGGCAUCCUGGGCCAGGUGGGCAAGCUCGCCGACACGGAGGUGCAGCAGUGGCAGGAAGGCUUUAAUAUCAAUUUCAUCAGUCUCGUCGCCUUUACUAAAGCAGCUCUCCCAGCUCUGCGCCAGUCCAAAGGAAAAAUCAUCUUUACCUCGUCUGGCGCUGCGGUCAAUGCCUACAGGGGUUGGGCUAUCUAUGCUGCCACCAAGGCGGCAAUGAACAACUUUGCCAUGAGCCUGGGCUCAGAGGAACCCGACGUGACGUCGGUGUCCAUUCGACCUGGCAUGGUAGACACCGAGAUGCAACGGGCGUUGCGAGAGGACCAUGCCACCACUCUGGAUAACGAGAUGCACUCCAAGUUUACGACGGUCCACAAGGACGGAAAGCUUCUCCAGCCCGAGCAGCCGGGCCAUGUCAUGGCCAAGUUGGUGCUGGAUGCACCCAUGGACCUCAGCGGGCGCUUUCUAUCAUGGAAUGACAAGGAGCUCGAGACAUUUCAGGCAUAA